CUCUCUCUCUCUCUCUCUCUCUCCACCCCAAAACCUAUCGAGGCUUCAGACUGACGGCUUCCGUUCCUCCUCUUUUUUGUCCUCUUUUCGCUCCCACCGUGGCCUUUCCUUCUCCACUCUUCGUCAUGUCGGUAUCUCCAAAUUUUGGCCGACAAUGAAGGAAAGGAAACCCUAGCCCUAAACCUCGCCAUGGAUUUAUAACCAUUCCCCUUAGCUAGAUCGAUGUUUUCCAUGGGAAUGAGGGAGAAGAGGGGGAAGGAAAGGUGAUUAGGGUUUCGUUCUGCGCAUGGCAUUGGCUCGUCUGGUGCUCGGCUUGCCCUUGCCGGGCCCUGGCUUUGGGAAUGGCGGUCUGGAGGGGAGGCGGAGGGUUUUGACUUUGGCCGGCGUGGCCUCGGUUGCUUGUAAGGGGAAUAGCGGAGUUCCCAACGAGGUUUCUCUGGAGGCGAGAUCCCGUUCGGUCCGAAGGGAGGCCUCCGGGCGGGCGAGCGUGAAGGUGACGGAGGUGCCGGCUGUUGAAAAUGGCCAGGCUCGAUCGGGAGUUGAGAUUCCCGUCACUUGUUAUCAGAUUCUUGGUAUACCUGAGAAAGCUGAAAAGGAUGAGAUUGUUAAAGCUGCAAUGGAGCUGAAGAGUUCAGAGAUUGAAGAGGGAUACACAGCAGAUGUCAUUGUUUCCCGGCAGGAUCUCUUGAUGGAUGUGCGGGAUAAACUUCUUUUUGAGCCAGAGUAUGCUGGCAACAUAAAGGAAAAGGUUCCACCAAAAUCUAAUCUUCGUAUUCCUUGGAAUUGGCUGCCUGGCGCCCUGUGCCUUCUACAAGAGGUGGGACAGGAAAAACUGGUGCUGGAUAUUGGUCGAGCAGCUCUGAAACUUCCAGAUGCUAAACCAUAUGUUCAUGAUUUGCUUCUCUCCAUGGCACUGGCUGAAUGCUCAAUUGCAAAGACUGGUUUUGAGAAAAAUAAAGUAUCUGAAGGAUUUGAAGCUCUUGCUCGUGCUCAAUACCUAUUGAGGAGCAAAAUCUCUCUAGGGAAGAUGCCAUUGCUAUCACAGAUAGAAGAGUCCUUAGAGGAGCUUGCACCUGCUUGCACAUUGGAGCUACUAGGAAUGCCACACUCUCCUGAUAAUGCUGAACGUAGGCGAGGAGCCAUCGCAGCCUUGCGUGAAUUGCUUAGACAGGGUCUUGAUGUUGAAUCUUCAUCUAGAGUUCAAGACUGGCCUUGUUUCUUGGGAGGGGCAAUGAAUAAGCUAAUGGCUACUGAAAUAGUAGAUCUUCUUUGUUGGGAUACCUUGGCUGUUACUCGCAAGAACAAGAAAUCUUUGGAAUCACAGAAUCAGAAAGUUGUAAUUGAUUUUAACUGCUUUUAUAUGGCGAUGAUAGCUCAUAUUGCUCUUGGAUUUUCAACAAGACAAAUUGAUAUGAUCACUAAAGCAAAAACCAUUUGUGAAUGUUUGAUUGCAUCAGAGGGUGUGGAUUUAAAAUUUGAGGAAGCCUUCUGCUCAUUUCUUCUUGGGGAGGGUGAUGGGACAACCGCUGUUGAAAAACUUUGCCAACUUGGAGUCAACGGAAAUUCAACUUCACAGAAUUUUAAUCCAACUACAAGAAGAGAGGACAAAGUCAAGGGCACCAAUAAUCAAUCAUUGGAAACAUGGCUGAAGGAUGCUGUUCUUUGUCUGUUCCCCGAUACACGAGAUUGCUCUCCAUCAUUGGCCAACUUUUUUCGGGGCCCAAAGCGGAUUCUUCAUGGGGGCAAGCAAAAAAAUGGAACCAUGAAAACGGUCCCUUCUGCUAGUUAUCGAUCACCAUCUUCUGGGUUUUUAUCUGACUACAGAGUGUCUGUGGAGCAAAAGGCACAUAUUAAUUCAACUAGAUAUAUGGGGGAGGCUGUCAAGCAACUUGCACCAGCUGAUCUACAGAGUCAACCAGCUUUAGUUAAGGCUACCAGUAGCAGUGAUGCCCCAUCUGUUCAGCUAAAGAGAAACCCUGGAGUAAAUCAUACAAAAAGUUUGGAAGGCUGGUAUAUGGCAGGAAAUACAGCAGGGAAAGCUGCAUGUACUACUGUUGCGGGAUGUUUUCUACUCGGUGCCUUUAUGCUGUUGAACGUGCAAUUUGUUCACAAUAAAAUUUCGCACAAAUGGCACUCUGGACAUGCGUCGAACACAGAAGCCCUUGCCUGGACCAUGAAUCAACCUUUAGGCUUGAAAAGCACUUCUGGCUUUAUUGAUGGAAACAUGUGGGGCCAGCUUAGGAACCUGUUGAUAAGAUUCAGGAGAAACCUCAAGCAUCAAACAGAUGCAGGAACUUCGCAAAAUUUAUGGCCCACAGAUCUCUCACCUCUACCUGCUGUUGCUGGUACCACGCCACACAGGGAACAAAUGGCUGUGGAAGAAGCAGAAGCACUGGUAAAGCAAUGGCAAGACAUCAAGGCUGAGGCAUUGGGCCCUAAUUAUCAAAUACAAGCACUUUCUGAGAUUCUUGCUGAGACUAUGCUUUCAAAGUUCUCAUUUUUUGGUGGACAGUGGCAAGAUUUAGCACAUUCAGCAAAAGCUAGGUCCUGUUUUUGGAGAUUUGUUUUACUAGAUCUAUCCAUCCUGCGGGCUGAGAUAGUAUCAGAUGAAUCUGGUAGUGAGAUUGCUGAAAUUGAGGCUGUGCUAGAAGAAGCUGCUGAGCUUGUUGAUGAGUCUCAGGUGAAAAAACCGAGUUAUUACAGUACAUACAAAGUAGAGUAUAUUUUGAAAAGACAAGAUGAUGGUUUAUGGAGAUUCUGUCGAGGUGGUAUCCAAACUCAAGUAUGAUUUCCUCUGACUAAGAAUCAGUGGAUUGUUUAAAGGUUUUCGAUCUGCCAGAAAACCUCUUGUUCAAUUGGAUUCAGGAUGAUGAGUCAAGAAAGUGUGCUGUUGUCUGAGCUGUCUGAAAAGGAAUAAAUAAUUGGAACUUCUGGCAUAGUGUGUUCUUGGUGAUUUUAGGCCUACCUGUUGGUCUUCGCCGUUCCAUUAGCUGUGAUAUUUAAUGGUCUAGACUCUAGAAGCUGUUGGUAUGGUCCUUAAAACGGUGAGUUGUAGCAGCUGCUUGUUUUAUGGUUUAGAAGCACUGCCGGUACGGCUCCUCAAGAUGGUGAAAUGUGACCUGUUCGGUGAUUUUUAAGUAACGAUGAGGUUCCUAAAUUCUUUCUGUUCGGUGGAUAGCAGUAUCUAACAAGCAUGACUAGGGUGUGUUUAUAUCUUUCCCCAAGUCAUUGUCUUCAUCGGUGGACUGACCAUUCUCUUGAUCUGACGAUCCUUUGUUUCUUUCGAACUAAUCUCGGUGGCGUACGCAAGUUGGCUUCAUAAAAACAUGUACCGCUGGUGCAAACUAAUUUUCUGCCAUCGUGCAGCCCUGAAGUUUCCUCAUAACUUGGGAGGAAUGCAAGGCCAAUGAAAUAAGGUGCAGAAUCCUGGUGUAGAAUUAAUAUGGUGUACCCAUUGAUCGUUGCAACUUGUAACUGUAGUUGCUAGAAACAGUUUCUUGAUGUUUCUUUAUUUUGGAAUAUAUAUGUACAUUAUUGUUUGGGUUUAAAAUUAAUUUCAUAUGCUUUCCAGAUUGUUUAA